AUGAAGAUUUGCUAGGGUUUGUAUUUUUCUUUAAAUAUUGCAAGGCAAAAUCUACUUUAGGGUUCUUACAAAUGAUCAUUAUAUAAGUAUGAACAGAUUGAAAUGAUCCAUCUGUCAGCACAAGGAAGCACCGCAGACAUAUACAGAGGAAAAUGGAGAGGCGUCCACGUGGCAGUCAAAUGCAUGUAUCCAGAUUUCUUCCAGUCGAACGAAAACGGAGUAAUCUUCUUCGGACAAGAAGUCGAAACCCUAUCGAAACAGCGCCACCCGUUCGUGCUCCAGCUGAUCGGAGCCUGUCUCGACCCGCCCGAUAACUGCUGGAUCGUUACCGAAUUUCUCGCGACCAACUUGAAAGAUUGGCUGCAUGGACCUGGAAAAAGGAAUAAGGAGAGAAAGAUUCCGGUCCCGCCAUUGAAGGACAGAAUCGAAAAGGCGUUGGAGAUUUCGCAAGCCAUGCAGUAUCUUCAUGAGAGUAAGCCCAAGAUUCUUCAUCGGGAUUUGAAGCCGAGUAACAUUUUCUUGGACGAUGCUUUGCAUGUUAGGGUUGCGGAUUUCGGGCAUGCCCGUUAUUUGACUGACGGAGAAAAGGCACUCACCGGAGAAACAGGUACAUUUGUGUACAUGGCCCCUGAGGUGAUUCAAUGUGGACCAUACGAUGAAAAAUGUGAUGUGUAUAGCUUCGGGGUGAUUUUGAACGAGCUUAUGUCGGGCGAGCAUCCUUACAUUCACACAGAUUUUGGACCUUCUAAGGUUUGUUAUGUACUUUAUUUAUUUAUUUAUUACAUUUCAUUUUGUCGAAAUCUAUUAUGUAUUAUUACAUUUAAUUUGCUCAUAGCCCUGGAAGUGGCAGAAAAUGGAUUGAGACCAAGAAUUGCUGAGCUGGACGAUGAAUUAAUUGAAGUUGUGAUUAAUGAUCUUAUUAAAAGAUCAUGGGAUCAAGAUCCGACAGCUAGACCCGGUUUCUCUGACAUUACAUCCAUUCUGAGAGUUACUCACAACAGAUUAUACCAUGGUAUCCAAGAAUGA